GUCAAAUGGAAGGUACUAAGAACUUUUAUCCAAAUAAAAAAGAUCGAAUAAUCUUACAUUUGAAAAAAUGUCCACAUUUUGUUGCUGAAACAACCGCUGAAGAGAGAGAAAAAAUUUAUAAACUAGUUGAUCCUACGAAAAAAACUGAUGAAAGCGUAUCCUCGGCUUCGUAUUCUUCAUUAAAAAUUAUUCGAUCUUCAUCUUUUGGUCCAAUGGAUGAUUAUAUUGUAAGAGCUUUAUCACCUGAAGAUCCUGAGGCAGCUGAGUUGUUUGAGUUUCUUAAUCUGUUAAUUAAGCUUCCUGAUCGACGUAUGCUUGGAGGACGAAUUUUAAAGGAUGCAACAAAUAAAUCUAAUAAGGCGAUGUUAGCUAUGUUAAAGGAAAAUCAAGUUGGUAUUAUGCUAACUUUCGAUAGUUGGACUAAUGUUCGAAAUGAACAUUUGUUAGGAGUAGUAAUUAUUAUGUCAGAAGGUAGACCAUAUGUUUGGAAAGCACUAAAUAUAAGUUUAGAAUGUGAAACACAUAUAGAAGUUAUUGAAAAAAUAAAUAUGAUAAAUCCAAUGAAUAAGUUUUUUAUUGCAAAAUUAAAAGAUGAACAAUAUGCCGCAUAUAAAAAAUACUUUGCAAUUAGUGUACCUGGAGAAACACGAUGGAACAGUUUUUAUACUGUUUGUUCAAGUAUUCUAAGAUCACAAAAGAUCCUUGCGAUUAAGUUUGAGCCACCUGUUGGAGAAACUUCUAAAUGUAUUGGAUCGAAGCCAAAAUUAAAACGUGAAAUAUAUGAAAUUAUUAGUUCUUCAAAUUUUUGGGCAGAUAUUCGGCAUCUACUUAGCAUUCUCUGGCUGUAUUGUUUUAUUUUGAAUAAAAUGCAGUCUGAUAAAGCUCGAUUACAUCAAGUUAUUUUGAGUAUGAGUUAUCUCGCUCAAUUUUGGGAUAAUUAUGAUGAUUUGUAG